AUGGAAAAAAUUGAUCUAGAAGACGUUGAUGAUGCCAUACUACGAGAAAAGCUGUUCGUGAAGGCAGCUUCGAAGUUUUUAAAGACAUUGGAGUUCAAGAAGGUUGAGGAAGAAUAUGACGGAGAGCUAAUGAGAUCUCAAAAGGAGAUUGAGCAGGGGGAGAAGGAUGCACGAAGAAAGGCUGAAAAGAUGAUGAAAAGACACAAUGAAAUGAGGCUGAAAAGGAAGUCCAAGAUGUCUGAAAUGGACUCCGACGAUCUUGAGCCAGAAAGCUUCAUUGCGCCUAUGCUAAGCAAUAGGGAAACUAGAAAGAAAAAUAAAGGAAAGCAUCCUGUGAACAAGUCACUAAAAAGAAGAAAGAUGAAGAAGAGGCAAAAAAGACAUAGACACUAA